AUGAUGGAUCUCAACAGUCUGUCACGGCCCGCCAUUCUGAGUCAGUGCUCCAGAUGCUCCAGCUCAUUAGCAGUUCUGGAGAAUGAAUGGGCGACACUUUCAACCGCUUAUGCUAUUGCGACGGCAUGGCUGAGUGUCAACUUCAACCGUAUUUCCGUUUCGCCAGAGAGAAAGCAAAUCCCACAAACACCAGAUUUUCAUCUUUUACGUGGGCGCACUACUCAGGAAGUGACUUGCAAACUCUGUCAACAGAAACUCGGCGCUCUAUGCACCCUUGAUAAUGGCCCCAACAUCUUCUGGAAGAUGUCUAGGGUUGCAUUUAGGGAAGUUGUGACCAUGCGAACCGCUGAGCCUAUUUUCAAAGACGGUGCUCUUGAAAGAUUCCUCCGCCCGAACCCUCCAGAACCUGUUCGACGAGACCGCACCUCCGUCCACGAAGCUGCAUUGGUCCCCACUGGCACAUCUGGUCUAUCCAAGGACCCAGUCCUGCAGCGCCAGAUGCAACACCAGGGACGAAGUAUAGAUCAGAUCUCCAGCUCGGUAAAUCACUUACAGGAUACUAUGACAGACUUGAAACAUUCGUUUACUUCGCUCCGCAUUGAACUUCAGGGGCCAAGUCGUCACAUAUCAGAAAAUGGAAGCCUCAACAGCCAAGAAUUUGAUAUGGUUGCGACUGUACUGAAAGAGUUGAAGUCGAAGUCAGAUGAGAUCGAAAAGUUAAAGUUGGAGAUUGAAGCGUUGAAGCUCAGAAAUCGGUUCAUUCAGGAGCGUAGGUCAAGUAACCCUGAUUACUUGUCCCCGAGGAACGAUUCGUUGCCUGAGGUUCAAAGCCCUGGUUUGCUCCAGGCAGGAAGAAAACGUGCUUGGCCUGACGCCUUUUCAAAUGGGCGCUCUCGCACGGUCGCAGACUCGUUCGGCGAAGAAGAUAUGAUCGACGAUAUGUCUAUGGAAACCCCACCAUCGUAUUUGGUCAGCCUUCCCAUCAAGGACUCGCAUAGAAUCACCAAUGGUGAGAUUCAAGAUCAAUCGACUUCCGGAUUUUCGUACGUCCACGAUGGGGAUCAUGAGCAACACUCAAGGACCGCUAUCGACAACCAAGGACCAGCAUUUUCACAGCAGAGUCCGACCAAACGACUUAGGGUGACGCAAUCGUCUAUCGAUCUAUCCCGCCCACAAUAUAACUCUGAGAAGAAGCGUCCGGGCCGACCGAGAAAGUCCGUCACCCAAAUAUCAAACACUUCUCCCGAAGGCUCGGAGGCGGCCGUAUCUAGCUCGUCUGUCCAGGUCCCUACGGCUCUUUCAAGUCCACAAAAACAGCCAAUCCGUGGUCGUCCUCGGCGCACCACUCGAUCACGGUCUAUGGGGCCAAUAGAACCUAAUCAUACUGCACCAACCGAUCCAGAGGCGCCUAUUCAAAAAGCUAUGGAGGAAAGUGCCAAUGGCGAGUCGGUCGUUUCUAAGGAUGGCGUAACGAAUAGUGAUGGUGGCGGCGCCAGCGUUGAGGACUCUGCAGCUAUAGCAGAAGAAAAGCGUAAAGCCAAGGUUGCGGCGCGGGACGCCAUGACUCGGAUGGCUAUGCAGCGCGAAGAACUUAUGGAAACUGAAGAGUCUCGGUGA